AGUAUUUAUUUCAAAUAGAAAAAAUAUUUAACAAUAUUACUGCUUUUGCUGUACUUUGAAUCAAAUAAAUGCACGCUUGUUGAGCAGAAGGGUCUUCUUAACAUUUGAAGCACAUUCUCAGAACCGCCUACCUAUGACUCAUAAUGAUUAUUGCUCUAAAAAUGCAUCUGUUCAAUUGAAAUGACGUUGUCGUCUUUCUGGCAAUAUGUCUGUAACUCAUAUCCUGUAAAGCAUUCCAGUGGAAAUAGGGGAAAGGGCUUUAUGUGAACUUUGGCUCUGCCACACCCAGAGCUGUUCGGCACAUUAAACACACUGCUGCCACCAAGCGGACAAACAGUCGGUGUGCAGUGUAAGUGAACUUACGCUUCAAUAACGAAGUAGCGGGCGCAAAGGUCAGUCUGCAGACGGUACGUUUCUCAGAAGCAGCCUGUGUGUGUUUUUUUUUUUUUUUUUUUUUUUUUAAAUGAAGGAAACGGGCGUUCAUCAUAGGCGUUAAAAGACACAUUCCAAGGAACAUGGACAAUAAAUAAGUUGGGAGAAAUGCUAACUAACGAUUUAAAGCCAUGUUUUACGUCUAAAACUAGCGUUUACAGUUGCGUUUUAAAACUUAAAAGCGCUUAAUGUUCGUUCCUCCUUAUAAGCUGUGCUUGAGCUGCGCCUUUAAGAAACAUCCUCCAGCUGUCCAAUAGAAUGUUCCCGGGCGUUCUCGCGGUUCUUCAGCGCUUGGCAACGUGAACGCUGUGUCCUGACACGGACCAAUGAGAUCGCCGCAAACGAUAAAGUCCAGCCAAUCAGAAUCCAGCAUUUGUGCGCACGUUUGAAAAUCAGCUUGUUGGUUCUUUCUGUUUGUGUCGGAGCAUAAACAAGAAACUAUAGCGUUUUUAUAGACUAAAACACAUAGACACCGGGAUAAAAGCGUGUAGGUUAAGCAGUGAAUGAGUUGCGUCUGAAGUCUGGAGCUGCUGUUGAUGUGUGCAUGAUGCCAUCCAAAACUGAAGACUAUGAGGUGAUGCUCACCAUAGGAUGUGGAUCUUAUGGGAAAUGCCAGAAAAUCAGAAGGAAAUCAGACGGAAAGAUUCUGGUUUGGAAAGUGCUGGACUAUGGGACCAUGGCCGAGGCUGAGAAACAGAUGUUGGUGUCAGAGGUCAAUUUGCUCCGUGAGCUGAAGCACCCAAAUAUCGUCCGAUACUACGACAGAAUUAUAGACCGGACAAACACAACAUUAUAUAUAGUGAUGGAGUACUGUGAGGGGGGAGAUCUCGCCAGCCUCAUUAACAGAUGCAUCAAAGACAGACGAUACCUGGAAGAAGAAUUCAUCCUGCGUGUGAUGGCACAGUUGUCCCUGGCAUUAAAAGAGUGCCAUGGUAGAAGUAACGGCAGCAGUACGGUUCUGCACCGUGACCUGAAACCCGCAAAUAUUUUUUUGGAUGUCAAACAGAAUGUAAAGCUUGGUGAUUUUGGUUUAGCUCGGAUACUGAACCAUGAUACAAGCUUUGCUAAAACAUUUGUUGGAACUCCAUAUUACAUGUCGCCGGAACAAAUUAAUCGCAUGUCCUACAAUGAAAAAUCAGAUAUAUGGUCUUUGGGAUGUUUACUCUAUGAACUAUGUGCUUUAUCUCCCCCAUUUACAGCAUACAACCAAACAGAGCUGGCUGUAAAAAUCAGAGAAGGGAAGUUCAGAAGAAUCCCAUACAGAUACUCUGAUGGUCUGAACACACUUCUUUCAAAAAUGCUCAACUUAAAGGACUAUCUGAGGCCCUCAGUGGAGUCCAUUCUGCAGAACAGCUUGAUCUCGGGUUAUGUAGCCCAGGAGCAGAAGAGGCUUCAGGAGAAGCAGCGGCGCAGAUCAGUAGACGUAGAGCAGCCCAAACAUCCGGAACCGUCGCUUCUAGCAGAGCUACGGCUAAAGGAGCAGAUUCUGCGUGAACGUGAGCAGGCCCUCAAAGAGCGAGAGCAGAGACUAGAGCAAAGGGAACAGGAGCUGUGUGUCCGAGAACAGCAAUCAAAUGAAAAGUUGGCUAGAGCUGAGAGCUUGUUGAAGGCGUAUAAUUUGAUCCGGCAGCAGAGGGCGCUGUCUCUACUCAGUGCCAGUGACACAGAGAAUGAAGAAAACGUCUCCCCAGGAAAGAAGAGGGUUCACUUUGCAGGAGACGGCAAGGAGAACGGCAAAGCUGAGAGCAGACUGAUCGUUAAACCUCAAGAACAUUGUAUUGUAAAGAGACACCAAUGGGCUAACAUGCGUGUCCAGGCUCUUGGUGAAGAGGAAAAGAAAUAUUCACCAAAGCCCAGAGAAAUGCAGGGCAUCCGCUAACCAUUAAUGUGGUGUAUUAGUAUGAUCAAGUCAAGCCUUUUUUUUUUUUUUUUUUUUUUUUUUUUUUUUUUUUUUUUUUUUAAAGUUGUGUACAUUAGGAAAAACGAUUUCUGCUUUUAUUUAUUUGCUGCAGCAUUUGUACAGUACAGUGGAACAACACUUCAUUUUUGGUCAUUACACUGGAUUAUUUUAUCAAAGAUAAUGUUGUAUUCUUAAUUUUAUAGAUGUUUUAUUACUGGAAUUUGUCUUAUUUGGAUUUGCUGUUUUUAUUAAAAUAAGAGGUUGAUAAUAUUACCGUUUAGUUUUCAUUCAUUAAAACUGAAAAUAACUUAUGUUCUGGGCUCCAGAACAGUGUACUACAGUUUGGAGUUUCACUAAGGGAUACUCUGAAUUUAGUCAUGUAGUUCUUCGCUUUUCCUGGAAUGAGUUAAAUUUUCCUCGAUGCCAAGCUGUCAGCCAAUCGCAGGCGAGUGUGGGCGUGGCCGGACGCUGAGCGUGUUCCGUGUGGAAAGUUCGCCGGUCCGGGUGCAAAGUUUCAGCCGUCUGCAGAGGAGAGACGGAAGACGGCCACUAUAACCGGAGCGAACUCCGGUCCCCAGCGCCCAUUACAUACGGAUCAGAUUGUCGCUUA